UGGGCCGUCCCACCCGCUCACAGACACGGCAGACUUUCCACGCAUUUGGCGCUGCAUUGCCAGGCUUCAGCGGGGAUUUUUACCGGGGCUAUUUUUGCACAAUUUGGACUUAUAGAAAAAGACCCUGCCCGCAGCCUGUACCAAGAACUCAACCUCCACUAAACUUCAAAGAGACAUUAAACACAAGUUUUCACAUCAUGGCCGAUACAACGACCAGCUCCGGCGGAAACUGUGUGGAUAAACUGAAAAGUUACGUGAAGACGCAAAAAGGCUUCAUCCUCGCUGGAGAAAUACUCCUCAGCUUCAUCAUCAUCAUCUGCUACGCUGCAUCAGUCUAUGCCGGAUACUCUGCACUGGCCAUCUGCGAGAUGAUCUUUGCCAUCGUCUUCUUUGUUGUCUUCAUGAUGGGGCUGGACAAACAGUUCCAGCUGGUCAACUGGAUGUGGAGUGACCUUUUUCGGGCUGGCAUUGGUGCUGUCCUCUACCUCAUCACGUCUCUGAUUUGUGUGAUCGGGGGCUCAGGAGAUGGAGCCAGGAUUGCAGGAGGGGUAUUUGGACUAAUUGCUGGCCUUCUGUUUGCAUAUGACACCUACACAAUUUUCUUACAAAUCAAGGGCACAAGGCAGCACACAGCGGCAUCUACUGAUGACAGAGUUUAAAAUACUCCUGGAUGCAUACUAUUUUGUUAUGAGAAGAAGAACAACAAAGAAAUGUGUUUCAAACUAAAGCAAAGAUGGACAGUGUAACAGGUCACAGUUAAAAAUAUGGUUUUGGGUGAGAAUUGGAUGUUAUUAGUGAUUGCAUGGGGUUGUAGGAAUGUUGGUUUAAAUAGUGCAUAAUAUCUGAGGGCAUCUUCGAACAGAACUUCAUGCACCACUGACAUUUGCAUCUGACACAAUUUCUUAUAUUUUUAAAUGGGUAUUGUAUUAACAGGCAGUAUGGCUUAGUAGUAAAUGUUCUAUGGACUUUGGUUAAUGGGUAGAUGCUUUUAAUGCUUUUACAAGUUGUUUAAUAUGUCCUAAUUGAGAGUUUUUCAGCCAGCCAUACUAUUUUUUUUCUUUUUUUUUUUUUUUUACAUUGUCAUAACCAUCUGCCCAUUGUCGAAACAUGACUUCACUUUUCAUUAUUUGAGAUUUCUUUAUAAUUUUAAGCAAAUUCUGUAUUCUAAUAGUCAGUGUAAUGCCUCAUUCAUCAAGGAGUGAUCCAUGGUAAACAUUUUGAUAAUUUUUUGACAACAUAUUUUUUGUAUACGGUUCUCACUCAGGUUUUGUGUUUUUAAUGUUUCAGUGGCACAAAUGUUUUAUUCACCACAGCUGUUCUGUUCUUUAUGUGGCUUUCCAUGCUUUUUUUUUUUUUACUUUGAAGGAUGAAGACGAAGGACAUUUCUGCAUUUCUUCAUACAACAAAUUUUACAGUUUUUUUUUCAAAUAUGUGGAGUUUUUAACAUCUUUCAACUGAGAGUUCUUUGGGGAAAUAAAGCCAUUAAUAAUAAUAUUACAA